CGUCAGCCUGUUGCGUUCAUACUAGUCGCCAGCCGAGCUUCAGGCAUCGUUUCCAAAAACGCUUUUGGCAUCCAUCGCGGCGCGGCUCGUGAAUACAUAAUAUAAUCGUAAAAUACACAAAAUUCGAAGUUCGGAAAAGAUAUAUCUUUAUUCUCAUCCAAUAAAUUGUGUAGCAGCAUUGCAGAUACAAAGAAAUUUGGGGUAGAAAUAUUGAAAAGAAAUGAUGAAAGCCACAGCGUGGUUUUGUCCGGUGUUAUUAACUUUACUGUGUGCAACGAGGCUCGUUUGUACGGCACAGAGAGGAGGCGGGGCACAGGCUACGGCACAGAGCGGGGAACAGCCUGAUGGAAACAGCCACAUAAACGGAUAUCCUUUGGACUACCUGGAUGCACGGAACAUACAGGAUGAUUUUUUACUCGCAAAGCGCAACAAGCCAUCCCUGUCCAUUGUCAAUCCCUUGGAUGUCCUGCGUCAGAGGUUGCUCCUGGAAAUAGCGCGCAGGCAAAUGAAGGAGAAUACACGGCAGGUUGAAUUGAAUCGGGCCAUUCUGAAGAACGUGGGUAAACGAGUUUACCUAAAUCCAGCGGCGGCAGGGGCAAUGAUAUCCAGACCUUACUCACAGCACUUCACGUUGGCUGGGAGGGAGUUGGCCAGAGAAGAGUCACAGAGCAACAAGCGUAAGCAGCAGCAGCAGCAGCUGCACUGGACCAAUUUCGCCAGUCCACUCCAGUGGAACUAUGCGAUGACACAGGCCCCAGACACCACACCGAGUCAGAGUCAGAGGCAGAAGACACGAGUUCAAAAGUUAUUCAACUAUGCUAAAAAAUCUCUAAGCGGUGCUAGUGCUAGUGCUGGUGCUGGUCAAGGUCUGGCCAUGAGUGUGGUGGGGAGGCAUCAAGCCAACGGAAAUGAAGUUGCAAAUGAAAAAUAUCAUGAAAAUCAUGGCAGUAGAAAUGCUGCGAUGGCCAGCAAAAACGCAACUAUAUAUGUGGCAGACACGGACGUGGACGACAAUGCCGAUGAUGACAACGAGUACGACAACCCGGAGGAGGAGAGCAGGAUGGAGGACAAAACCAACUUGGAACCGAAUGGACUAGCUGCAGGUGUGGACAAUACAAUUGAAUAUCUUCCCUGGAACUUUCUCUAUCGCUAUCUGCCGCAAAAAAAGCGCUAUAAUGAUAUUUAAGUGGCUAAAAAUGGAGAUGCAAUUACAGAUUACAUAAACAGACUACGAUAAACGGUAUACGGUUAUACAUGCACAAAAAAAUGGUUAGAUGUAAUACAUAGAAAUGCAUAGAAAUGUACAUUGACGGUUCCUAAAUGGCUGGCUACAAGACAGGCAUGUUGUGUGUGCGCAUAUUCCACAUCCAAUACAAGUUCAAUCGACUCCACUAAACUCCACUCAAAUCCUUCGAUUACCAAUUACCAAUCCUUUUCAAUGUGGCUAGAUGUAUUCAAGUUUUGUAUUUUAUUCAAAUUGAAAUUAACUAACGAUUUAUACUACCUCUCUCACAGAUACUGUUGAACAAAAAAAACCAAAUUCCUUCUUUGAUUGAUUCCAAAUCUAAACCAAAGCUGCAAACUAUAUUACCUAUACAAUUAAUAACACAAUCCAAAACAAAAUGCAUUUUAUUAAAGCGUAAUUGAUAGUGAUCAUUGUUUUUGAAUGUUUUGCAAAUUAUUACUUAUUGUUUUUUUGUAUUACGCACUCCGCGGGCGGACUAUAUUUGUUGUUAAGUUUUUCGAGUAUUUGUAUUUCCUAUUCCUGUUCCUGUCUUUGUGUAACGGAUGCUCAAAUAAUUAAUAAUCGUACUUGAUGGACUCUUUUGGACACUCUUUUUGUUAAGCAUACACUUUUGAUCACUAUUGAAAUUACGUAGUUAACUUUUAAAGUCAACAAAAAUGGUUCCAACUCCUCUAGACUCUAGAUCCACUUUGGAAGCGAACACAAAUACCGAUUUUAAAGUAGAAAAUACAAAUAUUACUCAAGCACCUACUUCUUCGAUUCAUAAAUACAUACGAGUAUAUAAUAUGCCACCAGAGUGAAAAUUAACAAGGAAUUGUUUUUUUGUUCUGUACAUUGAAUACAAAAUACAAACUUCGAGUAAUAAUUAACAAAUUACUUUUUCAUUUAUACAAAUAUUGUAUGUGAAGUGAAUGUAAAUAAAAGCAAGUUUUGAAACAAAGCUUAAAUAGUGACAAAAAAAUCGAAUCUAUAUAU